GGCGUUUUCGCACCCCAUGACGCUCUCGCCAGGGUCCUUGUUGUUGGCUGGGUGACUGUCCGUUGAUUGUGGAGCCCAAACGGCGCGCAAAACGGUGAUGUCCCUGUCACUUGCGCGUUCUCCACUUAACGCGCUCACGCGUCGACGCGCCUAACACGCGUCGCUGCUAAAGUGGCGCCUCCCUUGGUUGUCUUCCUCCCACGCUUUCCCACCUUCCACAACACGCACAUGCACUUUCCCAUAUCGUGCUUGCUUCAUCACUUGACGGAAAUCGCCCACUCGCCCAUUGUAACCUCCAAUUUGUAUUCAAUUGAAUCAAGAAACAGCAAGUACGAUGCCCGGUGUCAUCUCGCGCAACAUGCGCACUCCCCGCGGCAAGCUCGCCUCGUCCACCUCGCCUGCUUCGCCGGCGGCGGUUCUCAGCAGCUUUGGGAAGGCGGCGAAGCCGCAAUCGACUGGGAAGCAGAACUCGGAGAAGGUCACACCCUUCACCCCGCGCUCCUCCAACAUCGAAGUCGUCCUCAGCUCGAGGAAAAGGAAGGCCCGGGACGAUACCGAGUCCACCCCCAAGAAGGCUCGUCGCGAAUCUGAAGCGCAGUCAGCGGCGCCUGCCACCCCUGUGUCCUCGCGAAAGCAGAAGGCCGUGAGCUUUGCCGAGCCCGAGGAUGCCCCGAGGACACCAAGCACACCGAGUCGCGCGCUUGCGACUCCAUCCACCCGGAAGCGCCGGCUCGAGUCGGAUGAAACCAGCCAGACCGAGGCGCUGCUCGAGCGUCUGAACCUCCAAUCAUCCCCCGUCCACAAGCGCAGCAAGACCACCGUCCACCGCCGCGCUCCUCCGAAUGACUUUGAUCUUCCGCGGGAGCUCAUCGACUUGCUCGAUCUGCACGUGGCCUUCCUCAAGACCCUCAACAUGCACUAUGCCCACGCCGGCACGACGUCGCCGAUCGACCUGCGCACCCUUUACCCGAGCGUCACGCGCGCGUGGGGUAAGCGAUAUGUCACGCUGGACGAUAUCCAGCGGUGCGUCGGCGUCCUCUCGUGGACCCCCGUCAAGAGCGAGGCCGACCAGUCCAAAGCCCCAUACUUCUUGAGCGACUACGGCCGCGGCAAGAUCUGUCUCGAGUUCCACGCGGAUGCCGAGCGGGGCCCGCUGCGCGAGCCCAAGCUCAACAUGGACUUCGAGGCCAACUUGCGCACGCUCUGGCUCAGCAGCGACGAGCAGCCAGCCACGAUCUUCAUCGGCACGCUCCCCAAGGCCCCCAUCAAGCCAUGCCCUUCUCUGGCCAAGUCGGUCACCAACAACCAAACCACGCUGGACGCCUUCAAGAAGGACAUCGCCCAGAGGAAGCAGCAAGAGCAAGAAGCCAAGUCCGCCGCCCGCGCCACUACCACGGCGCUCCACGCCCAGGACGGCAGCAGCAGCGCCAACCCCAAACCCCUCUCCCUCCUAGACCGCAUCCGCCUCAAAGAACAGCAGUCCGCAUCCCACCCAUCCGGCCCGUCCGCCGCGGAGAUCCAGCGGCGGGCCGCCCUGCGGCGGGCCGCGGACGUGGCAGCCGUGAUCGGCAUGCUGUGCAAGGCGACGGCGGCGGCGGGGCAGGCGCGCGUGUCCUUCACGAUGGCGGCGCUGCUGGCGCGGCUGCGCGACUCGCUGCGCACGCCCGUCGCGCCGGACGACGCGGCCGCGUGCGUCCGGCUGCUGGCGGCCGAGGUGGCGCCCGGGUGGCUGCGGAUUGUCACGGUUGCGGGGAAGGAGAACGUCGUCUGCGCGGUGGGGCUGCAGCCGAGUAAGGCCCAGGUGGAGGAGCGGGUGAGGGUUUUGUUGGGGUAGUGGUUGGUUCUUGCGUCUUUGCUUCUCGCUCGGAGAAAGUGCGGCAUGGUUGUGGAGUUUUGUAUAUGUUAUGGCUUGGGAUCAGGGGCAAUCCGUUCGUGUUGGGUUGGUCUUUCUGGCUGGAGUAAUGGGACGCAUGGCCGGGGACAAACGAGGUUGGCGCGGAGCAUAGCUUAGCAUCGUCGGUCUGGAUGUCUGGUUGAUUGUCUAAUUGCGUGGUUAUCACGUUUCCCUGAUAACCCCAGAAUUGGGCGAAGGAGGUGGCUUAUGCGAAGAUGAAAGGUCUAUUUUUUUGCCUUGCAAUGCGUGUCUAUCCGCGCAGCCCCUGCGCUGUGUAACGCCGGCAC